AUGCUCGUGUCCAACCUGCCAUCAAUCGACGCCCAUCACACCAAGUUGAUGUUGCCUAACAUCAGGAUCUUUGUAUCGUCAGUGAAUGAAGCUCGCACAGAGUCUGCUUCCUCCUUUGAAGACGACUGCUCUUGCCGCUCAGUAACGGAGAUCGAAGCUUCCUCCUCUCCCCUUGAAACUGGCUCACCCAAUUCCGAAGACGACAUGGGUCACAUCCAAUUAGCCAUGGACGAAACCGCAUCUUUCCUGCACAAGAGAUUUCAAGACGUUCACAACACAAAGCUGCCAACCUUCCAGAGGUUUUCCAUGGCUUUGAAAGAUUCUUCACUUCUGUUCCCUCAGAGCUUCGUGCCAAAAGGAUUCGUGUUUGACUGCGAAGUUUCACCCAAGGCCUGUCCACGAUCAAGCUUGAUCGAUCAGUUCCUGGGCAAGAGAAAAGCUGACGAGCUGUGGGAUGAGCUCAGCCAGAAGAAGAUGAAGAAGAACUCUGAGGAAGACUGCCUGAAUGACCAAUCCCUUUUCGACGAAGCGCUCAACCAUCUCGAGGAAAGCAUCGUGGAAGAGAAGAAGACUGCCAAGUCACCAGAAGACGUUCCUGCAGUCAGGGCGGACAUCUGCAGUGGUGUCGCUCUCUUGGCUCAGAUUGCAGCAGCACAAGAGUAUCAGAUGGCUGCCAUCCAAUCCAACGCGUUCAGGAGUGCCAGGGAUGCCUUGCUUGCCGGGAAUACCGACGGUGUGCAAAACCGGUCGUUCAUGCAAGACGAAGACAAGGGUGGCGAUGGUACAGUGAGGGUCUCCAAGAAGUCAAAGAAGGGAAGGAGGCAUCAUUCGAGGGACUCUGUCACUAUUCUUCAGCUUAUUCACUUCAAACAGAAAUGGCUAUUUGCAAAUUUCCGCAAUCCGUUCCCCAAUUUGUUGGAGAAGCAGCAGCUCGCAAACGCUACUGGUCUCUCGGUUGAACAGAUCGUUCAUUGGUUCAACAACGCGAGGAAAAGAAUUUGCAGCCGUGUCAAGGUCAAGUAA